AAAUAAUAAACAAUGAACAUUAAUUAAUCGGAUCAAUUAUUGUUGCAAGUAAGAGAAGAAAAGUUGAUGCUCCGUUCUAUAAAGGAAAAGGAAAGCAAAAAAACACAAGCUUUUCCCUCCUUUAGAUUUCUUCCUUGACUUGCCCUCAAAUGUGCUAAACAACUUUAGAUUUAAAUCUUAAGCUCAAUUCAAACGUCGCAUGAGAGUACAGAAUAUUUAAGAGAGAGAGAGACUUGACCGGUGGGAGCAGUAAAUGGAAUUUUGCUGCUAAAAGAAAUAAAUUUAAGAUUCCAUUUUCAAUCCCACCCUUGUGUGGCCUAAAAUGGAGCACCGUCUUGAUAAACAGUGAGCUAGCAAUAUCCAGGCACCUUCAUCCUUGCCAACCUCCUUCCCGGCCCUGAUCCUAGCUAAGCUCACUUAUUUCUCUUGUCCAUUCUGUUCUCUGUCUAUACAUAUGCACCAUGUUUACAUGUGUACGAAUGUGUGCGUGCAGUAGUACAGUAAUUAUAACAAAAAAGAAAGAAGACGCAAGGAAGUGAGGAGUUUGUGCUAGAGAUGAUGAGGGUUGGUCAAACAAAAGAAUGAGAAGCAGAUCAUCAUGCUAGACAAGAAAGUAAAGAAAAGAUUUUUGCAGUCAUAAACGAAAGACGGCUAUGCUUAGUCACAUAAAUGAUCUCGCGGGAAAAAAAUUAUGUCAUGGAGAGAGCUGAAGAGAUCCAAGCCUAUCUCGGAAACAAAUUCCUUACCUGUGUCAAGCCCAUGCUCCCAUCUCAUGUUUCUGGGGGAUUUUGGCUGGGUUUACCAAGAAAGUUUUAUCAUCUGCAUUUGCCAAAUCAUGAUGCCAUAAUCAUUUUGGUGGAUGAAACUGAAAAGGAGUAUCAAGUAGUAUAUAUCGCAGAAAGGACUGGGUUAAGUGGAGGGUGGAGAGGGUUUUCAAUCGAACACAGAUUACUUGAGCAAGAUGCUUUGGUUUUCCAGCUGAUCGAACCCGACAAACUUAAGAUCUACAUUGUCAGAGCAAAUCGAUUAUCUGAAACCGAUGGUGCUCUUGGCCUUAUGCAUUUAUCCCAUGCAAAACGAACAGAUUUUGGUAAGCAGCGUGCUUCUCGGUCAGCCAGGAUGCUUCCGUUAUCAUUAAAAAUGCUGGCAAAAAUAGAUAUUUGCUUGUCUUUAGGCUGUCUUCAGUUUUGUCCUCUGAAUCAUUCAAACAAAGGACAAAUAGAUGGAAGCUCUGCAGUUGUUUUCUCUAAUCUUAUCUACCAACGUUGUUUCUCUUGAACUUUUCAAAUGAUC